AUGGACGAGAGGACCGACCCCAUACAAUUGAGUCUUGACGCCGUUACGCGCAGCCUCGUGCGCCCCAACUUCCUCCGUAACCUCACCCCUUCACGGCUGCCCUCUCAGGCCGCCUCUGACAGCUCCGAGACUGGACUCACAGCAGCGCCCCACUCCCGCUCCGCACGCGCCUCUUUCGGCCACGCCUCCGCUCCUCUCCCCCAUUCCCACCUGAACCACCUCGUCGCGUCCAGCCAUGUCAUUGAUGAGAUCGAUGAGGUUGACUUAGUCUCGCCCCUGAUCCAGGACCCGCCCGCUCUCGACGACGGCGCUCCCGCUGUCGACGACCGCGUCCGCAACCACCUCGAGGGAAACUUUCUGGCCGCCCACCACGCGUACGCGGCAAUGGCUUCGGGACAGAGCUUCCAGUCCUUUUCGCACCGCCACCAGGACCUUGUGCUCGCCGUCGACUUCAAUUACUUCGGCACCCGCAUGGUCACGGCUGGCUCCGACCACCGCCUCAAGGUCUGGGACAAAAAGGACGAUUCGUGGAACCUGGUCGAGAGCUGGAGAGCCCACGAUGCCGAAAUUGUAGAUGUCAAGUGGAAUGGGCCCUUCAUGGGUGAGGUCAUUGGUAGCAUUGGUGAAGAUGGCCGCUGCAAGCUGUGGCAGGAGGAUGUGACCGAGGUGCCCAUGUCCGGCAGCCGCUUCAAACUCAUUUGCAAUAUGGCCUCUGUCUCGCAAGCUCCCUUCAUGUCUCUGGAUUUCAAGAACAUCAUGCACGAGACUUGGUUGGCAUUAAUCACGCGAGACGGCUAUCUGACGGUCUACGAACCGCUGGAUCAGAGCAGCCUCAAUGAAUGGACCGUCCUUGCCGAGCAUUGGGUGUGCCAGAACAAUCCUCCAGAGCGCCAAGACGAGGUGGGUUUCAAGGUCGUCUUCCACAAGGAGAAGCUUCCCUGUUGGACCGCUAUCAUGGCUGGACUGGACAGGAAGUCGCUCUCCCUUGCUGUUGCUGCCAUGAAAGAUGUCAUUGUCUUCAGGACCGACAAGGCCAAGCGUUUCUGGCCGGUUGCACACCUUACCGGCGCCCGUCAAAUCAUCCGCGAUCUGGCGUGGGCAAAUGGUUCUAUGAGGGGCUACGAUGUCAUUGCUACCGCCAGCAAGGAUGGUUCCAUUCGAAUCUACGAGCUCUCGACUCCGCGUUCAGACAAGCCCGAGCCUGGCAGCAGCACCUUCGCCACAGCGGGAAAUGCUCUGUCGUCCCCUCAGAUGGGAAGAGCUCGGCCAUCCGGAAUCAGCGCUGGAUUGGCAGGUGCAGGAAAGAGCCCAUCCAUGACAUCGAAGAGCUCGGAUAGCCGUCAUGAAAAUGAGCAGAAUCCAGGACGCAUCAGGCAAGUGGUCAAGAUGGUGGAUGAGCUUACUAAUCACCAUGGAGCUGUAUGGCGGGUGGCUUUCUCGCAGAUGGGUGAUCUCCUUGUCUCUACAGGCGACGAUGGUGUGAUUCGCACCUGGAAGAAGUCCGUAAACGGACACUGGGCGGAGUACGCAGAGAUUGACGCCGCAAAGUGA